AUGGAAAAUGUUGUAUUUCAGCUAUUUGAAUUUUCAUUUGGUGGGUUCUUUGUGAUUGGGCAACCUGGUGUUCUUUGGGUAUUGCCAGAUUCUUACCUCAAUGUGCUGAACAAGGACUACGGAGGUGAUCUGUUCAUUGAUGGUAAAGUCAUCCAUAGACCACAGUUCCGUUUCAAUGAGAGGCAGCAAACUAGGAAUAGGCCUCGGCCACGGUAUGAUAGGCGGCGGGAAACAAUGCAGGUUGAAAGAAGGGAGCCGUUGCAACAACGGAGGGAGCCCGGGUCACAGCCGAUGCCAAUGGGUGGUCAAGGGUUAUCUCGAGGAGAACAGAGAGAUUCAGCUCCUAAUCAGGGAGAACCUCAUGAGUGGACAGGGCAACCUGGUGUUCUUUGGGUAUUGCCAGAUUCUUACCUCAAUGUGCCGAACAAGGACUACGGAGGAGAUCUGUUCGUUGAUGGUGAAGUCAUCCAUAGACCACAGUUCCGUUUCAAUGAGAGGCAGCAAACUAGGAAUAGGCCUCGGCCAUGGUAUGAUAGGCGGCGGGAAACAAUGCAGGUUGAAAGAAGGGAGCCGUUGCAACAACGGAGGGAGCCCAGGUCACAGCCGAUGCCAAUGGGUGGGCAAGGGUUAUCUCGAGGAGAACAGAGAGAUUCAGCACCUAAUCAGGGAGAACCUUGUGAGGUGAUGCCUGAUAAUUUCGGCCGGGAUACUAAAAUGGACUAA